AUGGAUCUAUCGGCCAGCGCCUUUGCCAUUACUGAAACUGUUUCACGUAAGCAGGCAGCUUGGAUCAGAGGCCGCCUUCUUAAAGAUCCCAGCGCGUUGCACUCCAAUGCGGCAACCACCUGCGCCAUCGAGCUCCUCAUCUCUUAUCUAAUAGACAAGUCCGUCCGUCCGUCCGUGGUGCUGUUUCAGCGGCCAAACCUACAAUCUGAAAACAGCGAUAACAAUCAGAAUGAUACAACGACCGUGAAAAUAGAACAACAGGCGGUUGAAGAAUUUACGAUAGCACCACCUCAACCAGGGGAAGCCGAUCCUGUGAUCGAGCGAUCUUCACAUUACCGGCCUGCGGAUCCGAAAUUCCACGGGUUCUGGAAGAAGAAGUUCGUAUGGCGUCCCAGAUGGGUGAAGACUUGGAAGGAGAAGAAGAUAUACGUCGCCGUGUGGAAGAAGAUGUGGGGGCCGACGAUGUUGAAUGAAUGGGUGCCGAUCCCAAAACCACCCCCGGGGUGGCUGAAGUACGGACCGGACCAUGAGUACCGAGCAUUUUACGUUAAACCCCAUCCUCACUGAUACCUCGUAAGCACUGUUAAACAAUAUUCAUCCUCAUAGAUACUUGAUACCUCGUACCUUGUAGGUUAGAGUUUGUUAUUCAAUAAGAUACUGUUAUUUAAGAAUAGCUAAGGAGGCUUUAUUUUAUUUAAUACAAAUUACUCCAGGGCUAAAAGCAGAGUUCAUAAGGGGCAAAAGAAUGAACUUUAUGAAACUAAACCCCGUGAAAAGAAAUAUUAUGCUUAAUGUUUUGUAGUUGAUUUGAUUGCACGCGCAUUGGUUGGUGGCUUGUUUCGUCAUCAUCACUAGCCUAUUAAUGUCCCCACUGCUGGGGCACUGGCCUUCCCUAUGGAUGGAAUAGGGAAAUUGGGCCAUGACCCACCACGCAGGCCCAGCGCGGAUUGGUGGGUGGUUUGAUUAGUUUCUUUUUUUGAGUCCUUGUAGUGGCUCAUAAUUGAAGCUAAUGAGCCACUACAAGGGAAGUGUCUGUUCAUUUUAGCUUUAACCAGCUUUAACCCUAUGAAUUGAGACAAAACACUAAAUUAAUAUAUUUUCUGUAUUCGUCCACUUUAUUGAUAAGAACCUGUAGGUAGAUAUUUAUCUCGAAUUGUACUUACAAUGAAUACCUUAACUCUUUACCUUGAAAUGUCAUCCUUAAAAUAUUACAUAGGUAACAUUAAUUUAAAGUACCUAAAUAGAAAAAAGAGACAUGCAAGAGGUAAACCGGAAACCUUAUAUUUCUUUACUGCCGGAAGAACAAUAAUAUUUUAAUGUCUACGUUAAUGUUUUGAAAGAUAAAUGUAAAACAUUAUGUGAGAUAAUUAUACUAUGAUAUAAAUAAGUAUAGCCAUUAGUACCAGCUGCAUAUGCAGUUGUACCCCACUGGUGUCCCAACAGUGAAGCUAUUAUUAAUGUCUUAACAUAACUGAGAUGAUGGUUAUGCCCCUUUAAGGCUAAGCGAUAGUAAUAAUAAUUUAUUUUCUUGGAUUCCUAGUAUUAUAUAAUGUUGAAUUAAGAAAGUGUUGCAUUGGUUGUUGAUAGUGAUUGCAAUUUGUGUUUUAUAAAAGAUCAUUUUAUAACUAUAAUUAAUAAUAAUUUAUUUAAAUAAUCUUUGUAAUACCUUACCACAGAAAAGUACCUCAAAAACUAUUAUUAUUUUAGUAUUAAAGUUAAUUUAUU